GCGGUGGCAGCAGCAACAGGAAGAAGCAUGGAGGUAGCUGCUUCCUAUUAGCGGGUACAAGACGGCCGUUGUUGUGAUCGAAGAAGCGCAUUCGCCGCUGUCCAUCUGGCAGAUCAGCUGCCCUCACGAACGACGCGUCAAGUGCAAGACAGAUGCAUACAUGAUCUCCAUGGUGUCCAUCUUUUUUCUGGUUAGGAAGAAGGCAAGCAGCGGCGGCGACCUUGAUUGAGCUCCAUGGAUAAUCCCCAUUCUCCAAUCCUUGAAAGAGUUGAAGAUGCGGAAGGGACAACUGGCCGCUACAACUGGCCGUUCCUGAAUUGGGCAGGACUUUCCCGAUCCCCCUCUUUCUUUAAGAGACUACUGCUCAAGUGGCCGCCAACCUGAGCGAAUAUUUUAAUUUUCCACGGAGGAAGAGAGUGGCAUGGCAGCCGGGCAGCCAGUCAGCCGUAGGGAGCAGCAGCAGCCACGCUGGAUCUCUGCCAGGGAGGGAGAGAUCUUUCGGAGGGAACACUUGCCCGGCCGAUCCAUCCUGCCCGGCCGUCUGCUUUAACAUCCUUCCUCCUCCCUCCGAUCCAUGGACACACACGUCAUCCGUGGCUGCCGCUGCCGCCACACGCCUCCGCCGCCGGCUCCUGGCCCACCGCCUCCACGGCACCAGGUUCUCUUCUUCCGCCGCCGCGGCGGCCGUGCCUGCCAGAGCCGCCUUUCAUGGAGCCACCGCGCGCUCGCCCAGGCCCACCUCACCAGCGCCACUGCCGCCCGACGCCCAGACAGCGACGACGCUACCAAGCAUGCUUUUAAGAGUAUUUUGACCAGCCUCCCUAAGCCUGGGGGCGGUGAAUAUGGCAAGUUCUUCAGCCUUCCUGCACUAAAUGAUCCAAGGAUCGAUAGGUUACCGUACUCCAUUCGCGUUCUUCUAGAAUCAGCUAUCCGCCAUUGUGAUAACUUUCAAGUCACAGAGAGCGAUGUUGAGAAAAUCAUCGAUUGGGAGAACACAUCUCCAAAGCAGGCUGAGAUACCUUUCAAGCCAGCGAGAUGCAUUCUAAUGGACAACACUGGAGUCCCAGCGGUUGUAGACCUUGCAGCUAUGCGUGAUAUGAUGCCAAAGUUGGGCUGUGAUCCCUACAAGAUCAACCCAUUGAUUCCGGUGGAUGCUGUUAUUGACCAUGCGGUGCGAGUGGAUGUAGCAAGGACGUGUGAUGCCUUGGAAAGAAACCAGGAGCUGGAGUUUGACCGCAACAAAGAAAGGUUUGCUUUCCUUAAAUGGGCAUCCACUGCUUUCCACAAUAUGCAGGUCUUCCCCCCUGGUUCUGGUACUGUACACCAGGUAAAUCUUGAGUAUCUUGCCCGAGUUGUGUUCAAUGAAGAUGGCAUUAUGUACUUUGACAGCGUGGUUGGCACGGACUCACACACCACUAUGGUUAACAGUCUUGGUGUUGCUGGUUGGGGAGUAGGUGGUAUUGAAGCAGUUGUUGCAAUGCUUGGCCAGCCAAUGGGCAUGGUUUUACCUGGUGUCGUUGGAUUCAAGUUAACUGGGAAGUUACAGGAUGGUGUCACCACUACUGACCUUGUUCUUACUAUGACCGAAAUGCUAAGGAAACAUGGUGCUAUUGGAAAAUUUGUUGAAUUCUAUGGUGUUGGUGUGGAUGAGCUGUCUUUGCCUGCCAGGGCCACAAUUGCCAACAUGUCUCCGGAAUAUGGAGCUACCAUGGGCUUCUUCCCUGUAGACCAAGUGACACUGGACUAUCUCAAAUUGACCGGCCGAAGCAACGAAACUGUGUCAAUGGUUGAAGCAUAUCUGAGAGCUAACAAGAUGUUUGUGGAGCACCAUGAGACUGAGACAAAUCGUGUUUACUCUUCAUAUCUGGAGCUUGAUCUUUGUAAGGUGGAGCCUUGCGUUGCAGGACCGAAAAGGCCUCAUGACCGUGUCCCUUUGAAGGAAAUGAAAUCGGAUUGGCAUUCUUGCCUGGACAACAAAGUUGGCUUCAAGGGUUAUGCAGUGCCAAAGGAAGAGCAGGGUAAAGUUGUGAAAUUCGACUUUCAUGGACAACCCGCUGAGAUCAAGCAUGGCAGUGUUGUUCUUGCAGCAAUAUGUAGUUCGACAAACACAUCAAAUCCCAGUGUCAUGAUCGGUGCUGGUCUUGUGGCAAAGAAAGCCUGCGAGUUGGGGCUUGAGGUGAAGCCAUGGGUAAAGACAAGCCUUACUCCUGGAUCAGUGGUUACCAGUGAAUACUUGAAACACAGUGGUCUUCAAGAGUAUUUGAACCAGCAAGGUUUCCAUCUCGCUGCGCAUGGCUGUGCCACUUGCGUCGGCAACUCUGGCGACCUGGAUGAAUCUGUAUCAGCCGCCAUCACAGAAAAUGAUAUCGUCGCUGCCGCCGUGCUGUCGGCCAACCGUAACUUUGAGGGCCGCGUGCACCCUCUCACCCGGGCCAACUACCUCGCCUCGCCGCCUCUGGUUGUCGCCUAUGCACUCGCCGGCACGGUCGACAUCGACUUCGACAAGGAAGCAAUUGGCAUCGGCAAGGAUGGCAAGGAGGUGUUCCUGCGGAACAUCUGGCCGUCAAACCAGGAGGUCGAGCAGGCCAUCCAGUCUAGCGUGAAGACACACCUGUUCCGGCAGGUGUACGAGUCGAUCUUGAAGCGCAACCCGCGGUGGAACGUGCUCCAGGUGCCGGAGGCGGCGCUCUAUCCAUGGGACCCCAACUCCACCUACAUCCGCAAGCCGCCCUACUUCAAGGGCAUGUCCAUGUCGCCGCCCGGCCCACCCACCGUCAAGGAGGCCUUCUGCCUGCUCAACCUCGGCGACUGCAUCACCACCGACCACAUCUCCUACUCGGGGAAGAUCCCAGAUGGCACCCCGGCGGCAAGGUACCUGCACGAAUGCGGCGUCGACCCCAAGAACUUCAGCUCCUACGGUGGCAGGCGGGGCAACAACGAGAUCGUGAUGAGGGGAGCCUUUGCCAACAUGAGAAUCGUCAACAAGCUCCUGGAUGGGCAAGCUGGGCCAUGGACGAUCCAUGUCCCUACCGGGGAGAAGCUCUACGUCUUCGACGCCGCCAUGAAAUACAAAUCGGAGGGCCAUGAUUUGGUCAUCAUUGCUGGUGCUGAGUAUGGGAGUGGCAGCUCUCGUGACUCUGCAGCCAAGGGACCAAUGCUCCUGGGCGUCAAGUCUGUGAUUGCUAAGAGCUUCGAGCGGAUCCACAGAAGCAACUUGGUGGGAAUGGGCGUCAUCCCUCUCUGCUUCAAAGAGGGCAAGGAUGCUGAUUCACUCGGCCUCACUGGACGCGAGCGCUACACCAUCCACCUCCCUACCAACAUUGCCGAGAUAAGUCCUGGCCAGGACGUGACUGUAACAACUGAUGACGGGAGAUCCUUCGCUUGCACUCUUCGCUUGGACACACAGCUUGAGGUGACAUACUUCAACCAUGGAGGCAUCCUUCCAUACAUGGUCCGCAACCUGGCAGCAGGACAGGGGAAAUAAGAAAAAAAUUAUUGGUGGAAAUAAAAGGUUGGAGUCUCUGGAUUAUAUCUAGUCUGGAUUAUAGAAACGGUAGAUGUAACAUAGUUUGCUGAACUCAAGAUUCAGGACGAAUUCUAUUGUUCCGAUUUUUAAAAUAAGUGUAUGACUACUGCCUACUGAAGAUUUUAAAUGAGGCUAGGGUUUGGCAAAAUAUUUUGUGGAGAAAGUACUUGGGCAAUAAGACUUCAUUUUUAUUUAUAAAUUAGUCAAGUGGUUCUUAUUUC